AUGGACGAAUUGUUUGCGUUGCGAAAUCUUUUUUACACGGGGUCGUUCCAACAGGUUAUAAAUGAGGCAAAUAAGAAUGUCUCCGUUUCAGAGAGCGCCAAGUUAGAAAGGAAGGUAUACUUGUACCGAGCGUAUAUUGCUCAGGGCAAGUAUAAUCUGGUUUUGUCGGAGAUAAAGGAAACUGACCCUGUCGACUUAAGGGUAGUCAAGAUUUUGGCAGCAUAUCUGCGGUCCAAGACCGGUGGCGGGCAGACUUCUGACGCAAGAAAAGAGGAAGCGUUAAAGGAGCUUAGGGAAGUGUUGAGUAAUGCCGUGAACACGUCAAAUUCAACCGUUCAGAUAAUUGCAGGUACGGCCUAUUAUCACGAAGGGUUAUUCGAGGAUGCAUUGAAGGUUUUGAUUCGACAUAAUAAGAACUUAGAAUGUGUGGCGUUGAUAAUUCAAAUAUACCUACAGUUGGAUCGUUUAGAUCUAGCGAAAAGGGAGCUCGCGGCUACAAAAACUUGGGCCGAGGAUGCAAUGUUGGCUCAGCUUAUUGAAGCUUGGGUUGGGUUAAGAACGGGCGGUGAUAAAUAUCAGGAGGCCUACUACAUAUACGAAGAAAUCGCACAGUCUCCCUCCUCAAACACUGUUAAGGUGUUGAACGGACAAGCCGUUUGUAAUAUUCAUCUCGGGAGAUAUCCUGAAGCUGAAAGUUUAUUAUUGGAAGCGAUGAAUAAGAAAAAUGAUGAUGCGGACACCUUGGUCAAUUUGAUAGUGGUCACUAAUCUAUUAGGGAAACCCACAGAAGUGGACAUCAUAAGAACGGUGACUCUACCACAACUUAGAAGAUUUGGUAUCGAAGAUGGCUUGGAAUUGAAGGUAGACAUCGAGAUCCUCAUCUCUAAACGUGGAUCUGUUCCACUUGGAGGGGGUGAAGUUAAUUUCAAGUGUCCCAACGUGAGAGCACUGAAACCAGCACAAUUCACAGACGAAGCCGAGUCCACGACAGGUUCUCUCAUGGCCGCUGAACAAGCCGCAAAUCCGGGCGACACACCCGAGGAUGUCGGUCGAAGAACAGCAAAACUCUUAUUGGCAGAAAUACGUAAAGGUGGUUGCGUCGACUCAUUGAAUCAAUGGUUGGUCUUGUUGAUGAUGAUCCUAGGCCCUGAGGAUGUAUCGAAAGUCAGACUGGGGCAAUUGACAGCCUUCAC